GCUCUUGCUAGCACGUGACUUGCUCCUUGGGCGCUGAGGACGUGGAAGCCUUGAGGCCGGAGCUUAGGUUUGGGAGGGAUGGAGCGCUGAGCCGUUAACGUCUGCCGGGCUGCCCGCCUCCGUACCUGUUAUCUGCUGCCAGUUCCUCGUUUGACAUCUUCCUGGAGUCCCUCUUGAUUUUGGAAGAAAUACCGGGUAACAAACAUGACUGAGUUCUGGCUUAUAUCAGCUCCUGGGGAGAAAACCUGUCAACAGACAUGGGAGAAGCUGCACGCGGCGACUACCAAGAACAAUAACCUUGCUGUUAGUUCAAAGUUCAACAUUCCUGACUUAAAGGUCGGCACACUGGAUGUCUUGGUUGGUUUGUCGGACGAACUGGCUAAGCUGGAUGCAUUCGUGGAAGGGGUGGUUAAGAAAGUGGCUCAGUAUAUGGCUGACGUAUUAGAGGACAGUAAAGACAAGGUUCAGGAGAAUCUCUUGGCAAACGGAGUUGACUUGGUUACUUAUAUAACAAGGUUUCAGUGGGACAUGGCUAAAUAUCCAAUCAAGCAGUCCCUGAAAAAUAUUUCUGAAAUAAUUGCCAAGGGAGUAACUCAGAUUGACAAUGACCUGAAAUCUCGAGCAUCCGCAUAUAAUAACCUGAAAGGGAAUCUUCAGAAUUUGGAACGAAAGAACGCGGGAAGUUUGCUAACUAGAAGUCUAGCAGAAAUUGUGAAGAAGGAUGACUUUGUUCUUGAUUCAGAGUAUCUCGUCACAUUACUGGUCGUAGUUCCCAAGUUAAACCACAAUGACUGGAUUAAGCAGUAUGAAACACUAGCUGAAAUGGUAGUUCCAAGGUCUAGCAAUGUUCUCUCGGAGGACCAAGACAGUUACCUUUGUAAUGUCACACUGUUCAGGAAGGCGGUUGAUGACUUCAGGCACAAAGCCAGGGAAAACAAAUUCAUUGUUCGUGACUUUCAGUAUAAUGAAGAGGAAAUGAAAGCAGACAAAGAAGAAAUGAACAGGCUUUCUACUGACAAGAAAAAGCAAUUUGGUCCACUUGUGCGGUGGCUGAAAGUGAAUUUCAGUGAAGCAUUUAUUGCAUGGAUUCAUGUGAAAGCAUUGAGGGUUUUUGUUGAAUCUGUUUUAAGGUAUGGCCUGCCAGUGAACUUUCAAGCAAUGCUACUUCAGCCCAAUAAAAAAACAAUGAAGAAACUAAGAGAAGUAUUAUACGAAUUGUAUAAACAUCUAGAUAGUAGUGCGGCAGCUAUUAUUGAUGCGCCUAUGGAUAUUCCAGGCUUAAACCUGAGUCAGCAGGAAUACUACCCCUAUGUAUACUACAAGAUUGAUUGCAACUUGCUGGAAUUCAAGUAAAAACGAGCUCCUCCCAGACAACCCUGUCCUUGUGUUGGUGUAAUAGCGAACAGAAGUAGGCUGAACUAUGACAGUACUUUUAACUCUAUUAUCCUUUGCUUGCUUGUGACCCCUUUUCCUAGGUGAAUUCUCCCAUCGUAGUCCAUUUCUGAACAGUUUCUUUUGAAAGGGAAAUGUAUGUCUUGUUUCUUUUUAUUGAUCAGGUCUGUAAAUGUGUACUAAAACAAAUCAGAGUCUAUUUAUAAACAGAAUAGUUUAUUUAAAGAGGUCUUUCCUCAUCUAUGUUGUGAUAGACAUAAUUCCAUUUGUUAUUAUUGUGCACAAAAGCCUUGUUUACAAGGGAAUGGUGUAAACGUUUAUACCAUUUUGUUCACUGUAUUUAGUAGACAUAACUGUUUAAUAGUUACUUGAUCAUGAUGUAAAGAAAUGUGACAAUAUUCAGUUAUGUGCUUUCUGAAUGUUUUAAAUUAUAAUCGAUGAGCUUUGUUGACACCCACAGGAGAGAAUAAAAUUACCUGUGUAAAGGUGUAUUGUGGUGUGUGUAACUUCAGAAGAUUACAAUUCAGUUUGAGAGUUUAACAAGUGGUAUCAUAGUUAACCUGCUAUGCCACUUUUAGUGUUUUGUUAUAUAUGAGGUGUCUGACUUGUGUUAUGAUUUAAAUGUGUCAAAUUUGGAUCAGAGCACAAAUUUGAAGAUUAUUUUUCCACGCAUGAUGGGUAUUUCCAUUUGGACACUAGAGUCGUAGUUCUUCAAUAUAGCGUUGGCCACAAAGUUCGUUUGUUUUUCUUCUGCAAGAUGGCUGUAGUGGCGCUUAGCUGUCUUUGACCUCAUUCGAAACACUUUUGUUAGAUUGUAUUGUGACAGCUGUCAUAUCAGCAUGCAUUUUUUAAAAACUUGUCAAAAUUGGUGAAUUUUUGUGCAGCUAUUUUAAUAUUGAAGAUGGAAGAAAAUAUGCAACAUUUUCAGCAUAUUAUGCUUCAUUAUUUCGAGAAAGGUAAAAAUGCAACUGACACAAAUGAUUUGUGCAGUAUGUGAAGGUGCUGUGACUGAUUGAACGUGUCAAAAGUGGUUUGCAAAGUUUUAUGCUGGAGAUUUCUUGCUGGAUGAUGCUCCAUGGUCAGGUAGACCAGGUGAAGUUGACAGUGAUCAAAUCAAGUCAUUGAUUGAGAACAAUCAGUGUUACACCACAUGGGAGAUAGCUAAUAUACUCAAAAUAUCCAAAUCAAUAAAGUUUUCAUGAAAAUGAAAAAUGUCUUUUAUUUUACAGAAAAAACUAAACGGACUUUUUGGCCAACCUAGUAAUUAGGAGGUAGGGCUGAUUUUGAAUAAAGUGUAGCAGAAUUAUGUAGCUUUAGUCACUUGUUUAAGUAUUUUACACAAUUUAAGAAGUAUACUUAUAAAAGCCUUUAUUUUGACGUUUAUGACGUAGUCUGAAAGUAGAAGCAUUGCCAGCUUUAAAAGUCUGAAUCAGUGAUGUAGUUUACAGCAUCCUGAGUGGGUUUCUGAGUGAGGGCGUGGGGCAGUGCUGCCCUGUCUGGGCCCCCACCGCCUUGAGAGUGGAACAGAGAAGUUUACAUUUUGUUCUAAGGGCUUUUAUAAGCUGUUCUUUAUUCUUUAGAAAAUUAGUCUCCAGAAGCCUUUUUAUUUCAAAAGUAAGUGUUAACGUCAAACAAUAUACACUUCUAAUGGUAAAACAUGAGAGAGGAUGCCUGCUCCCUGCUCCCACCUCCCACGCCCGAGGGCCCCCAGGGCCCCCAGCGCCCCCAGCGCCCCCCAGCCCUAUUACUUCUUCCCGAAGCAGUUUAUGUACUCCCCCAGGUCUGUCUCUGCUCCACAGCACAUACACACACACAGUUUUUUUCAAUAAAAGUAAGAACAUACUGUACACACUCUGUCACCUUUUUGCUUACCAGUGUGCCCAAGACUUCCUUACCUGCCUGUAUAUUUGGAGCUACCUCAUUCUUUUAACUGACAACAUGGUUUUCCAUCGUGGGUUUGUGCCAUAGCGUACCUGAGUGGAUGGAUAUUCAGUUGGUUUUUAUUUUUGCUCUUACAAACACUGCUUUAGUGAAAAUCCUUAUAUAGACUAAAUCCUUAAGGAAACUAAAAUCGUUAGUUUCCUUACUAGGAGAAGUAAGAGAGAUCCUGGAAGUGACAUUGGUUGGUCACAGGCUGUAUAUGUUCAAAGUUUUGACACGUACUGCCAAGUUAUAAUCUAUUCAUUUUAAUUCAAGAUGUGUUUGGGAUGCAGAUUUUACUUUCAGUUUUCCUUUGGAUAAAAAAAAAGGAAGCUGAAAAGUUUUAGUUUUAAUAUUAGGAAAUUCUGGUUCUCUGUCUUUUGCAAGUGUUCUUUGAGUCAGUGGCUGUAAAAGGGUCUAAUCUCUCUCAUGGGUGAUGUGUUUUGAUGAUUAAAAGAUUUGUGUAGGCCUAGCAAUGAUUUGAAAGUUCGAUUUAGACUUUAAUACUGCUUUUAAGAUUCCCUCCUCUUUAAUCUUGGCUAAUAUAAUUAUGAUGUGCCUUGGUGUGUGCUUUCUUGGGUCCACCUUCUUUGGGACUCUCUGAGCUUCCUGGAUUUCCUGGAAGUCUUAUUUCCUUUGCCAGAUUGGGGAAGUUCUCCUUCAUUAUUUGUUCAAAUCAGUUUUCAACUUUUUGCUGUUCCUCUUCUCCUUCUGGCACCCCUGUGAUUCAGAUGUUGGAAUGUUUAAAGUUGUCUUGGGGGUUCCUAAGCCUCCUCAUUUUUUUGAAUUUUUGUUUCUUCAUUCUGUUCUGGUUGACUGUUUAUUUCUUCCUUCUGGUCCAAACUGUUGAUUUGAGUCCUGGUUUCCUUCCCAUCACUGUUGGUUCUCUGUACAUUUCCUUCAUUUCACUUUUCAUAGCCUUCACUUUUUCUGCCAUUUUGCGGCUGUACUCAACCAAUUCUGUGAGUAUCCUGAUUACUAGUGUUUUGAACUCUGCAUCUGAUAGGUUGGCUAUCUUCAGAUAGGUUUGUUGCUUAGUUGUAUUUUUUCUGGAGCUUUGAUCUGUUCUUUAAUUUGGGCCAUAUUUUUGUCUUUGAGCGCCUGUCACAUAGUAAGGGACGGUGCCUUAAGUGUUCACCAGGGUGGGGCAACCCAUGUCACUGCCUUGUGGCACUGUGUGUGAGGGAGGGGUCCGAGAGGGAACAGCGCUGCUUGCUCAGCUCUCUGUUAGCUUUUAGUCCCUUCCGCCACUACCCCUAAGCAAAUUGGGCCCUUCUGGUGCUGAUUCCCGAGUGGGUGGGUUGUGUACCUUCUAGGACCCUGUGGGUCUCUCCAGCAAACUCUCCUGUGAGGCUGGGAGUUUAUCCUCCCGCCUCAACCCUCACAGGUUUUUGGAGUCAGAGGUUUUGAGGCUUUAAUUCCCCGCACUGGAACCUUGGGUUGUGUGGUCUGUUUCACUCCCCAGUUCCUCCCAGUUUAUCCACAUGCAAAUAUGGGAUGACCUGCUCCACCAGCUGCCGCCUCGGUCCUCCAGCUCCUACUUUGCCAUGAGUUCCCUCUACCUGGCUGCCCAUCUUCUCCACUCCUACCAGUAUGGAUGAAUGUUUCUUCUUUAACUCCUUGAUUGUCAGACUUCCAUACAGUUUGAUUUUCUGUCAGUUCUGGUUGUUUUUUGUUUUUAAAUUUGUUCUCCAUCUUUUGGUUGUGUGAGGAGGCACAGUGUGUCUACCUGUGCCUCCCCCAUUUUGACUGGAAGUCUGCCUUUCCAUUCUAAAUGAUAGCUUUUCUAGAUACAGUAAUCUUGGUUGUAGGUCCUUGCCUUUCAUGACUUUGAAUACUUCCUUCCAGCCCUUCUCGCCUGUAAGGUUUCUUUUGAGAAAUCAGCUGAUAGUCUUAUGGGAACUCCUUUAUAGGUAACUAUCUUCUUUUCUCUUGCUGCUUUUAAGAUUCUCUCUUUUACCUUUAACCUUUGGCAUUUUAAUUAUGAUGUGUCUUGAUGUUGCCCUCUUUGGAUCCAACUUCUUUGGGUCUGUGCUUCCUGGUCUUGUAUGUCUGUUUCCUUCUCCAAAUUAGGGAGUUUUCUUUUUCUUGCUCUUGCUCUUCCUCUUCUCAUUCUGGCAUCCCUAUGAUUUGGAUUUUGGUACAUUUGGAGAUGUCCCAGAGUGUCCUUAUACUAUCCACAUUUUUAAAAAAUUCUUUUUUCUUCUUGCUUUCCUGGUUGAAUGCUUAUUUCUUCCUUAUGUUCCAAAUCAUUGGUUUGAAUCCUGGCUUCCUCCCCUCCACUGUUGGUUCCCUGUCGAUUUUUCUUUAUUUCACUUAGUGUAACCUUCAUUUCUUCUUUUAUGUUGUUGCUGUACUCAGUGAGUUCUGUGAGCAUCCUGAUAACCAGUGUUUUGAACUCUGCAUCUGAUAGGUUGGUUGUCUCUAUUUCCUUUAGUUCUUUUUCUGGGGUUUUGUUCUGCUCUUUCAUUUGGGCCAUAUUUCUUUGUCUCCUCAAUUUGGCAGCCUCCCUGUAUUUGUUUCUGUGUAAUAGGUAGAACUGCUUUGACUCUCUUAGUAGCGUGGCCUGUUGUAAAAAGGCAACUGUAAAUUUUUUGGAGUGAAGCCUUAGGCUGUUGCCAGGGCAAAGCAACCCACUUUACCACGUUGUGGCUGUACGUGUGGGGAGGGCUCAGAGAGGUGACAGUGCUGCUGCCUGGCUUCUGGAGGUUUGCUCAGCACUUGCCCUGUUUUCAGUCACUUCACCCCACACCCUGUUGUGACUGGCACCCUUCCAGCUGUUGCCUUAGGGGUGAAUUCCCAACUGGGUGGGUGUAUGUUUUAAGUCCCUGCGGGCUCUUUAAGCCGAGUCUCCUGAAAAUCCAGCAAUAUCUUCUGCUACCCCAACCCCAGUGGUAUUUACAGCCAGAUGUUACGGGGAUUCAUCUUCCAGGCACUGGAACCCUGGCUCUGCAGUGUGGCCUGGGGCAGGGAUUGCUUGCUCCCUAGGUGUCCCUCCCAGUUUCAUCCACCAGAGUUGAAUGUGGGAUUGUCUGUUUGCUGCUUCCACCUCUCUGUACCGAGUUGUAUCUUCUUGCCUCUCCGCCACUCCCGUCCGUUUGGAUGAAUGUGUCUUCUUUAAAUUCUUAGUCGUCGGACUUCCAUACAGCUCGAUUUUCUGACAGUUCUGGUGUUAACUUGUUUUGAGAUCUAGUUGUAAUUCUUUUCUAUGAUUGUGUGAGGAGGUGAAGUGUGUCUACCUAUACCUCCACCUUGACCAAAAGUCUCAGCUGCCUUUAAAAAAACACAUGCACAAGGUUAAAAAGCAUACACCCAAAUAUUAUAGAAAAGCUACCCUUUCAAGGUCAUAAUUGAAAUUUGCAAAAACUGUGUAAAAUGAUCAGGGUCACAUUUUUAUCUUUUAAUUCAAAACCCACUUUGGAUGUGAUUUAUCACUGCUUGUAAAAUUUAAAAGAACAAUCAAGACGUUUAAGGAAUGUUCUGUAUGAGGAAACAAAAAGAAGCUAUGAAGAUAAAAAUGAAAAAGGAGUUAAAUGCAGCAAAGGUUGUUGGUUUUAGACAAAAAAUAAAUAAACUGUGCAACAGCA